UAAGUUUUCAAAAUGGCGACUGUUGAUAUUCGACUGGCAAGUGCACGUGUUCGACAGAAGACGGGUGACAUCGAGGAGAUCAACAAUCUUGUCACGCCUGGAGAUGUCAUCACAACCGAUACCGGAUUCAUGCGUGGUCAUGGGACUUAUAUGGAAGAUGAGAAACUGCACUCCUCGGUGGCAGGGGUCGUGGAGCGUGUCAACAAGCUCAUCUGUGUGAAGCCUCUCAAAACAAGGUACAAUGGUGAGGUGGGGGAUGUGGUGAUUGGUCGGAUCCUGGAAGUCUGUCAGCGCCGCUGGAAGGUGGAAACUCACUCGAAGCUGGACUCUGUCCUCAUGCUGUCCUCGGUCAACCUGCCGGGCGGAGAACUGCGGCGGAGGUCGGAGGAGGACGAGAAGUUGAUGAGACAUUACCUGAAGGAAGGGGACCUCAUCAGUGCAGAGGUGCAGAACGUGAUGGGGGAUGGCUGCCUAUCUCUACACACAAGAAGUCUCAAGUAUGGGAAGUUAAGCCAGGGUACGCUGCUCCAAGUCUCCCCCUCACUUGUGAAGAGGAGGAAAACCCACUUCCACAACCUGCCAUGCGGAGCUUCCAUCAUCCUCGGCAACAAUGGCUUCAUCUGGAUCUCCCCCACUGCCAAUGAGGACAGCGACGACACAGGCGGAUACGAACAGAACCUAGAGCCAGUUCCAAGAGCAGAUCGCGAGGUGAUAGCCCGACUCCGGAAUUGUGUCCUGGCGCUUGCCGACCACCAGAUGAUGCUGUACGACACCAGCAUUCUGUACGUGUACGAGGCCUCCGAGAACCAUGCAAUAAGCGAAAUGUUGAAGCCAGAAGUAACGGCAGAAUUAAUCGACCUGGUUCGUCAGAGGCUGGAAAUGGAAGGGACCUAGAUGUUCCUUCCUGGUGGAUAGAAGCAAAUACAAACGAGGCAAAUCUCAUUAAAGGCAUAUCUUGGUGCUUGCUAGGGCGACACAAAGAUCUGAGGACAUCACAUUACAGGUCACAAUAGAACGACCUUUCAUCCGACCAAUCAGAGUGUCGCUUACAAGCUCACGAAAGUGAAAGUCUGAAUGUGUUUUCUAAUCGUGCAACCUCAAAGGUUCACAUAGGGUAUUCCAAACGAUUGUUACAGACUGAACGACUGAUUCCUGAUGCUAGACAUCAUGUAUCGGUUGUUUCAGUGGGAUAAACAUUUGAAAAUGAAGAGACUUUCCAUAGCCCAUUGAGAUUCUCAGCCAUCUAUUAGACAUUCCAGAAAUUUUUGUUCAGUUUUCAAAUUUGGAACCAAGAAUCAGAUUUUUUGUGUAGCAGUAGCAAGCAAGAUUUGAUUUUAAUGAGACUGAAACGAAGCAAGAAUCCUUCAAGACCCAGACUAUCCGCUACAAGGCCAAGUGUCUGUGUGUAACUCCAUGAUGAACUUUGUGCAAAACCUACCAUUGCCUGAUACUGAAGCAAUGUGCAGAGUGGAGGUCACAAGGACACGGGGCAGGUUGCAUGAGACAUAUUGCCGAUGUAAUCUGAGCGCUCAUUGGUCGGACAGCAGGCUUGUGUGUGUUCACAGAAUACACACCUGUGAAGUAUUGAUUAUUAUGUUUAAAGUAUGUGGAACUAUUAGGCUGAAAAAAAUAAUAUAUCUUGGUUCUCAGGCACCACCCACAUGAUCAUAAAGUCUGCCUCACGUUUUGUUUUUAUUUUCAUUUUAAGAAAACCAAAAGAAUCCCUCAAGUCCAACGGUAGUUAAAUACUGUAUACUGUAUGGCUGUAUUCCAUUAUUUUACUCAUCAAGGUAUACAUUAAUGUAGGGAGGCCCUUUCCCAGGUUGAUUGUACACAACUGUUUAGACCCGUGAAGAUUCCGGGGUAG